UUUUUGUUGCGCAUCAACUAAAUUUAUGCAUAUUCGACUGAAAACAUGGUCUUGCAUGAACCGUUGUACCCCUCAAGCUGGGGGAGAAGCUAAUCGCAAAAUGUCGAAGGUGGCUACUGUCACUUUGUUACUGUUAGCACUUGUAUUUGUUAUAUUUGCAGUAGGGCCCCAAUUAAUGCAUUUUCUGAAGGCUGCUGAUGAGUUAGAAAACCAGUAUCCAAUCCAACCGAUGGACGAUGAAACAUUAUCUGAACACCAAGAAAAAGUGGAUUAUACUUUAGUUAUCGCUAUCGUUACUUCGCCUUUGCGGACGGACCGGAGAAAAGUUCUAAGGGAGACGUGGAUGAAAGAGUGCGUAAGACCCGAUAUUUUAUGCCGAUUCUUUACUGACAGACUUGAAGAUAUCGAACCGUGGGCUUUACAGACCGCUCUACAGGACGAAAGUUCUACUCACAACGACAUCGAGUUCAUGCCCGUUCCACAAGGCUACAAUUUUGGGUGGCGAAUGAUUUGGAUUCUAGAGUGGGCUUUCAACAAAUACAGCUUCCACUUUUUCUUGAGGCUGGAUGACGAUUAUUUUGUCUGUCUGAGAAGACUUUUGCAUGAGCUACCUCGGCGCUUGAACGUUCCCAGGUUGUAUUGGGGGUACAUCCACUGUAAGAAAGGGCAGGUCAGAGCUGAUGAGGCAUUUCUCUUAAUCUCCUACAAACUGGCAAAAGACUUCGUUUCCAAUAAAAACAACCUUUUAUGUCACCCUUAUGGCGACCAGUCUGUCGCACUCUGGCUCAACCACCGUCGAGAUGUAGUAUAUUUUCACGAUCAUAGAAUAAUGCAUGAACACACACUAUUGGAUGAUUCUAUGCUUGAAACAACAACAAAUAUGUGCAAUAUCGUGUUAGGAGUCCACAAGACUUAUGUUGAAGGUAACCUGAAAUACUGGGCAAAGGUACAAAACAAUACCAGUAUUUCAUACAAUAUACCAGCUAUACCAGACUUUACCAAGAAGUGCAAACACAACAAGUUUUUUGACUGGAAAGCAAUGGAUCGAGAAUACCGUGAGAGGCCUAAGCCAUGCUCACAACAUAUCAACUAUUUUGAGAACAACAAGAAAAAAUACCACGAGACUGGCAUUUGGUAUAAUUAAAUUGUUGGAUGGACCAUGGCAGGCCUGUAGCCAGUAGGGGUUCCAGGGUUUGUAAGAACCCCCAAUCAAGUGGAAUGGCCACCCUAAUGAAGGAUAAUUAAGUACCACUGCAAGCUAUGAUGAGCUACCUAAGAGAAAAUGGUCCACUAAAUGGAUGAACAAACUCCCCCCCCCCCCCCCACUCAAAACCCUGGCUAGAGGCCUGCAUGAAGGUAUCUAGAGUUGUGUUGAGCAGCCCACCUCCACCACUAUUUUUAGAGGUUUUGCUUAUAGCUAUGAAGAAAUAUUAGAUGUUUCUUCUUCAUCCUCCCCUAGGUCUUUCGUGACCUAAGGCCAGUUCACCUUCAUGAUGCAUUCCUCUAGCAGAUAUUUUCAACAUCAGCAACCCACAACAUUUAACAGUCUAAAAAGUGAUAUUUUCUCACUGGUCUCAUUGUGCUCAAAUAACUUAUGGGAGCAGCGGCGUAGCCAGGAUUUUUAACAGGAGGGGGCCCAAAAGGUCAUUCCAAGGCAUUUUCUGCUGUAUUUAGAUGAUGUCUCAUAUAUUUACUGUAUUUUUGGCUGCUAGAAGGGGGGGCCCGGGCCCCUUGGGCCACCCCUCUGGCUACGCCCCUGGGGAGGAGACAUAUUGGUGAGUCAUGUGAAACUGGAGGUGACUGAGCUGAGCUGGGUGAGUGGGAAAAAAAUAAAUAGCAGACAGCUGGCAUGUGCCAGGGCACAAGAGCAUGCCAGGACCACACUUGAUUAGAUUGAAAGGAGUGAACUACUACAACAGAAGUGCAAAUGAGUAAUAUUUUAACAAGUUUUGUCUUACAUUCAAAUCAACAAGUCAUUUGAGAAUGUUACAACAUUAAUGGCCUAAAAGUGAAAGUUAUUUUUAAUGUAGACAGUCAUUCUAAUGCCAGCAGUCUAAGCAUUUAUCACAAUAUAAUAAAGCCUAGGUCCUUACAUUG